AUGAAAUUUCCCGAUCAUCCACUACCGAAUCCCCCGUUUAUGGGCUCUACAGGUGGAGAUGGCGGAGGGAUUUUCCCUCCACCCCCAGUGAACCAUCCACGGCCCGACUCAUCAAUUUCUUCAUAUGAGCAUCCUCCUCCAUUCAAGAGACCAAAGAUGUCUUCAGAUAACAUGCCAAAUUCUGUGCCUUCCUUAAAUCCGAAGUUGAACCCAUCAAAUCAUCCGGGAAGUAAAGGAGUAACCCAUAUAUUCUAUAAGACGCGAAUGUGCAUGAAAUUUUUGGAAGGCACCUGCUUUAAUGGGGAGCGUUGUACAUUUGCCCAUGGUGUUGAAGAUGUACGAAAACCCCCUCCUAAUUGGAAGGAACUUGUUCAAAAAAAAGAUAAAGGGGUGGGGAACUGGAGCGAUGAGCAGAGAAUGGUACAUGGAUUGAAAAUUUGCAGGAAGUUUUACAAUGGAGAAGAGUGUCCAUAUGGAGAGAACUGCAACUUUCUUCAUGAAUAUCCACCGAUAGAGACUGAUAUUUCGAGGCAGAGGAUAAGUUCUGCAAUAAGCAUCGGAACCACAGGGUUGUUUAAUGUGAACAGAAGUGUUUCUCAUCAACCCGAGUCUAAUAAGCAUGUUGACUCCGUCUUGGAUGCUUCCCGGCCGAAGACUGUUUCCUGGAAGACAAUAAUAUGCACUAAAUGGGCGAGAGGUCAAUGCCCAUUUGGAGAAAGAUGUUGUUACGCUCAUGGCCCGUCAGAGUUGCAACGGCCUGGUGCUCAUGCAGAGCCAGAACCGAAACUGAAUUCUCUUCAGAUUCCAGCAAAGCCUCUAUCUGCUUCUGUUAUCGAUUCAUCUCCUCCAACUAAGGUGAUUGAUGUCCCUAAAGGAAAGAACGAAGCAGAUGAGAAUAACUCAAAAAAGUGGAAGUUAAACAGGAGGGUCAAUGGAAUUUAUGGCGAUUGGUUGGAUGAUCUAUCGCCUCCUCGCUGCUAG